GCCCGGCCCCUCAGCGGCCAGGGGGAGGGCCGCCGGGAAGGGGCGCCUCAUAAAACCGCGACGGCGGCCCCCGGUAGCCCAGUGGCAACUCGGUGGGUCCCGGUAGCCUUCAUCCUUUCCUCAUCUCCAGCCUCUCGCCCCCCCGGCCCGCCCCUCGGCGGCGGUGGGGCUGUGAGCGGGUCCCCCCCGCACCCUCCCGGCGCGGAGGCCAUGUUCCCCACGGACUCCACCUGGAAUAUCUCCUUCGCCGGCUGCGGCUUCUUGGGGGUCUACCACAUCGGCGUGGCCAGCUGCCUCCAGGAGCAUGCCCCCUUCCUCGUCGCCAACGCCAGGAAGGUCUACGGUGCCUCCGCCGGGGCGCUCACCGCCACCGCCCUUGUCAGCGGCGCCUGCCUCGGUGAGGCUGGUGCCAGCAUUAUUCGAGUGUCAAAAGAAGCACGGAAGAGGUUCUUGGGGCCGCUCCACCCAUCUUUCAACUUGGUGAAGAUCAUUCGGAUCUGCCUGUCCAAGACUGUGCCGGAGAAUGGGCACGAGGUCGCAGCGGGACGUUUGGGUAUUUCCCUCACGCGGGUGUCUGAUGGAGAAAACGUCAUACUGUCGGACUUCCAUUCCAAGGAGGAGCUCAUCCAGGCCUGUGUUUGCAGCACCUUCAUCCCUGUCUACUGUGGGCUGAUACCUCCAACCUUGCGUGGAGUGAGAUACGUUGAUGGAGGGAUUUCAGACAACUUGCCCCGAUAUGAGCUGAAGAACACAAUCACGGUGUCUCCGUUCUCAGGGGAGAGUGACAUCUGUCCUCGGGACAGUUCCACCAACAUGCAUGAGCUGAGAGUAACCAAUACAAGCAUCCAGUUCAACCUUCGCAACCUCUACCGCCUCUCGAAGGCCCUGUUUCCUCCGGAGCCACAGGUGCUGCGGGAUAUGUGCAAGCAGGGCUAUCGGGAUGCGCUGCACUUCCUGAAGAAGAAUGGUCUCCUUCAUCGUCCGAGUCCUGCACGUCCUCUCCUUGCCAUAGAAGCUCCCCCAGGAGAGAAGAAAGAGGAAGAAACAGAAGCUGAGGACCAGUCAGAGGAAAAUACAGCUCUUGCUGUUGUUGAAGACCACAUCUUUGAACACUUGCCUCCCAGAUUGAACCAAGCUCUUAUGGAGGCCUGUGCGGAGAGAAGAGGUCUCCUGACUGGUAUCACCAACAUGCUGCCUGUACGUGUGGCCACAGCAAUGAUGGUCCCCUACAUGCUGCCCCUGGAGUCUGCAGUCUCUUUCACUGUCAGGUUGCUGGAAUGGCUUCCAGAUAUCCCUGAGGAUAUUAGAUGGAUGAGGGAGCAGAUGACUGAAAUCUGCAACUAUCUUGUGAAGAAAGCCAAGAAAAAACUGGGCAGUCAUCUUUCAGCCAGGCUUUACUAUCACCUUGAGCUUGGAGGGCCCCAGAGUCUGCCAAUUUCUUCAGCACCUGCUUGUGGCGAAGCAAUGCCGAUGUGGAUGAGAAGCAACCGUUCCCUGUCCGACGUCAUGCUGAAGUGGGAGGAGUACCAGCGCCAGCUCAUGCUGGGCUUGCUCUGCAUCAACGUGGACAUGCAGGCCUCCCUCUUCCCUCGGGAAGGAUUUCAGAUAAAAUUUCCACCUCUAGACUGUGCGAAAGAGUGCCUGCCACUCUUCUGAGCCUGCUGCCCUGCGGGGAUGGGGGUGGGUGGGAAGGGAAGCACAUAUAGGGUGGGACCAGUCUCAUCCCUUGGCAGCAGGCUGCCCUGUGCUCAUGAAUAUGCUGCAAAGGGGAUUUCCCCGGGAUGGAGACUGGUGGAAUUGACUGUAGCCAUUUGUUGCCCCCUGGGCCAGGCAAGGGAAUCUCUGUUCAAGGAUGCAGAGGCUGAUUCCUUGCUCCAGACUUGUGCUGAGGCCUGGCCAUUGCCCGUGGCCAUGCUGAUGCUGACCCAGCUGGGCUAUCCCAAAUAAUGCACUUUGAAUUGCCGUUGGCUUUUUACCGCCAAAUAAUCAGGACGUAGAUGACGCUCUCAAGUUCACAUAGCUUUGAGUUUCCUUUGGAUUUUUAGAGCAUAUUGGUCUGCUUUUCUUGACUUGUCUGACAUACCUUAGCUCUUUGUGCUACUGGAAGAUGAGGUAGCCUCUUGCCAAAACAGUUUUUCUUAGGGCUUCCAGAUCUCCUCUUGACUUUAUUAUUUGCUGAAGCCAGAUCCUUUCUUCUGUCCCUUAACUGCGUCCCCGCUGGAAGCCAGAGCUGGCCCUGCUGCAGACUGCACUGGGACUGCAGAAAUGUAGGAAACUUGUGUAUUCACCCUGAUUCAUAUUAUCAUUUACUCUCCCUAUAUGAUUUUCAUCCUGAUAGAACUUUUGCAGCUUGAACUUGAAGUAUUAAAUGUCACUGAGCUUAUUUGAAACAAGUAAUCUAGACUGAGAUUUUUUCUUUAUGGAGUUUGAGGCCCCAUUCCUGUCACUGUGAAUGGAAUUAGUGUGGGAUCAUGCUGGAAAAGCUCAGUCUGACUGUUUCAGGAUUAGUUUAGCAGCUGACACUGGGGAAGGAGUGUGAAGUGUUUGUAGGAAGGUGAGAUGGUGCGGGUCAUGUUAUCUUUGAGAGGUUUGUGGUGGAGUGUUGCAGCAAGUGUUGGGUAAGUGGCCACCUUUGACAGGGAUUGGGCUUCGCCCCUUAAGGGACCAUACAACUGAAGGAAAUUCCAAGUGGGUGCCACGUAAGGGAUCUCCUGCCAAGCUGAGGCUUGACUCUGAGGAUUUGGGGUGAGAAGGAUGUAGGCUUGCAGUUACAUCAGCCUUGCAGUUUGCCUGUCUUGCAUUGUGGCUCACAGGCUAUGCAGCUGGCAAUAGCAUGAGCGCAAGAAGCAGAAGUGGAAGUCAGGAGCGUUGGUGCAUGUUCAGCCCUCUUGGAACUGGCUGCACUUGUCUUGUCCCUUAAAAGACCAGAGCUAGUGGAUGUGCUGCAGGGCAAGACUCUGCCUUGCACGAUUCUGCCUUCUCAGUGACGGUCUAGUAGUGACUUGCUGUGCAGAAAUGUUCUCUGCUCUUCCCAGGGUGAGAUAUGGCUUCCUGUGGGGACUGCAUGUACUUCAACCUAAGUCCUUGCACUAUGACACAAAACCAGCUCCCGGUAGCUUUUUCUGCAGUGUCUUGCUGCACGAGGCGUCUUCUACCUCUCCUAGCACAAACAGUAUGCAACUGGCCAAAGCAAACUUAGGUUCUCUUUCCUGGGGAGCAGGGCAGGGUGUCUGAAACUGAUACAUAGCCUGUGUGCGGAGUAGUCAUUUAUAACGCUCUCAUUUCCCCCUUGGAUGUGAAAAGGGAAAAUAUCCUCAGAAACACUACUAAUAGCUGGAGAAAGUAGUGAAUCUACUCGAUCACAUCUUCCUGAGCAGUGUGGGUGAGGUGGUGGGUGCUGUCUCCUACCAGCACAACUGUGCACUGGGUGCGGGUUUGAGUGUUUGUAGCAGAGGCUGAUAAGCAUCAGGGCUCUCCCGCAGUGGCCACUAUAAGCUGGGAGACAAUAAAUAGACUGGGCAGCUGUGGUGCUGACCGACUGUCCGCAAGACGCCAGUGCAAAGACAAAUUUGUGACUUAGAAUGUCACCCCACUGUCCUUCCUGGAUGUAACCUACCUAUGUAACACAAGGGCCUGCAUAGCUCGUGAAACAGGCCUGCACUUAGAGUCAGAUUUAUUCUUAAGCUUCAUGUAGUUAAGGCAACUGGGGAACAGGGGAGUCACUAUGGGGGGGAGAGAAAAAAAAUAGGAUUCUGAAACCAAAAUGGGAGUGUUGGGUUACAAAGCAAAUCAGUCUUGUAAUUUCCUAAAGCUUGUGGGAAAAGCUGACUGCCAGAUGGACAUAACUGUAGUGGAGGUGAACCAGCAACAAACUACCGUCAGUUUGUGAGAGAAGGAUAAAUUUUAGAAUUGGCAUAAAGAAAAGGGGUUUAUUUUGUAGUUUGCUGUGGGGGCUUCUUUUCUUCUACUGCUCUGGACUACCUUCUUAGUUUGCUCCUAAUGUACACAGAGCAAUUGGCAAGAACACAUAGAUGUUUAGUGACGUGAAAUUAAAAGUAUUUCAUCCAGAAGCAAAACGUCUGUUGAGGGGCAAAGCCAGAUGAGAAAAUCUUGUGUCUAGAAGCUGCUGCCCUCUUGGCUCUGCUUGGUUUGUGUUAACAUAUGGGUGGAGAAAAUGAUGCAACUAUUUUUAUUUUUCUUAUCCCUUCUUCCUGGACUGGUAAAACCACCGUAUGAUUAUGUAAACCACUAAACUGUGAACCAAAUUCUCUUGGCAGUAACGUGUGCUAAGAAAUUGCAGCUUGGCACCCUUGUUCCCUGGAUCUCCUCAGCUUUCCUCUUGCAUAUCAGAACCAACUCGGCGGGUGGCCCUGUCUUCUAGCACUCUGAUCCAGGGGGCUUGUUGGUUCUGGUCCAUGCCUUUCAAUGGACUACCUGCUGUGGCUCGUAAAAGGCCAGAAUUUCAUCUGUCAUUACUUUAUUAUAUUAACCUCUCAAAGAGAAGCUCGUAUGCACUGUUGACUUUAACCACAAACCAAAGCCUGGCUUUAAUUGUAAAGGUCUAAUUCUUCAGGGAGGAAACUCCUGCUUUCCCUAUGGUAAUUUGCAGGGUGUGAACGGAUACUUGGGAAAGCACCACUCUGUAUUAACCCUCUUUUUGCCUGUAUUCACCAAGUGAUGCAGUGGCUGUUGUGCAAUAGCUUGUUGGCUUUAGAGAUUUAAGCUCUGAUAAAGGAAAGGCAGAUCUGUCAAAAAUAAAUACCCCUUACUACCAUCCUCUUCCUUAAGAGAAGUUUCAAGCAUUUGCUUGAAAUUCUUGCUGCUCACUGCUGCAGAUUGCUAAGGAUGAAGAAGUUAGGAAAAGUCUUCUAGCUAGCUGAUGUAGAAAAAGGGCCGUGGCUGCUUUUGAAGAUUAGCAUUUUGUUAUCCAGUGCUGCCUUGUCUAGAUCGGGUCCCGCUUUGAAAUAGCUGGAAACCUCUUGCUAGACUCUGUAUUGGACCCAGAGGUGUUUAUUGCGAUAUUGCUAACUUGAAUUAUUCAAGCAUUUGUUCUUUGUAUACCUCAUGGCAUGUGUUAUCUUCAGGUGAGCAGAUGCUGAUUAACCUGCACUCAUCAAGUUCCUCUGAACAAGGCAAUCAUCUGCAGCAGUCAGUCCUUCAGCAGAAUGUGUGGCAGGGAAGCCCAGCAGGUGGUGGCCAGGGCCUGUGUCCUCCUGUACGUGGUAUUUGAGAGGUCAGGUUCCUUGACCAAGUUAAUCUGAAAUCCAUGUAACAUUCACUUGAACUCUGCAAGAGUCCCAACUCUUGCAGUUUCCACUGGUUUGCAUAAAGGGUCUGUGCAUUCAGGAAUCCACUUUCUUUUUCUCCUUCCUGUGACACGGUUACUACUUGCUGAUUUUAACAAGGCUAACAGUGAACCUCUCGCGCAUCUAACCAGUCCCUAACCUAUACAACACUGUAGUUGUUUGAUGUUGUGCACAACAGUGUGUAUCUAUGGCAUGCUCUGUAAGCCACCACGCAUGUGUGGUAUGUUGGGCUUGGUUUGCUGCCUGACCUACUCUUAAUAGUUUUGCAAACUGACUUUUCAAGAGGUAAGACGAAAUAUUUCUGACCACAGUCUGUAGGACCUAGAAGUUGGUUUCUCGUGACUUCCUGGGGCGGACUGUGUACCUGCAGCACUCAGACCACGAGAAUAAAAGAAUUGUGCUGUCUGCCCCCAAGUACUUACAUAUCCCCUACUUCUUUUGUCCAUUUUCUUAAAAUUAAUCUAGUAAUCCAUUUUCCAAACUUUCACUCCUUCCCUUGAGAGAAGAGCUCUCACUUCCACCAAAGUGGUUGGGGGAGAAAUAUCUGCAACUCCCUGUGUGUGUGCCUGCUUUCCCUAGGGCUUCAUUUCUGCUAAAUACCUGGUGGAGGUGGUGCGUUGCCAAAGUCAAGGGGUCUUGCCAGCAGUUCUCUCAAGCUGUUUCCCUCUUCCCCUUAAAUUGACGAGAAAAUGAACCAUCGCACCUGGCUGCCACGUCAGCCAGUCAGUUCGUGCCAAACUCACCUUGUGCCUUUACAGUGGGCUCUGGCCUGCCUGCCCUCUGUGUCCCUGUGGUGUCUGCCUUUCUGAAUGCAGCAGUAUUUGUUCCCUUUCCUUUUCCUCCUUCCCCUUGCCCCUCCACGGGGCGUUGUUCCCAAUCCGUGGGGAGCUCCACUAUAACUGCAUCCACCCUCCUGUGUGGAUCCACCUCAGCCCUCCUGCAAAGGGAGGGGGAACCUGUAGUUCCAAGCAGAAGACAAGAAAUGCAACUUAGUAAUAAACACAUUUUAAUUAAGGGGCUUUCUCUUGCUCUGGGGAACAGCAUCUUAAAGCAGAGUUUUGAGCUAAAUGUGUCCUGGGAUUCUGCUGUUGUUGUAGAGUUGGAGAAGACCCUUAAGCACACAACGCACGUGGAAAUCCUAUGGAAAUUACUCAUGUCAGAGCAGCAACUUGACCAGCAAUAGUAUAUGCAAGUGAUGUUAUUUACAUAGCAAUGUCUUUAGUGCUCACAGUCACUUUAAAAGUUCAGUAUUAAAUUGUUGAUGCUUUUUUUUUUCUCCUGUUUCCCUUUUUCUAAUGUUUUGCUGAAGAAAAUGUAACUAUUUAUUUUGGCAGAAAUAUAUCUUCUAAUAAAAACUUUCUCAAUAUA